CGCGUCUCCGUCUUCCACGUCAAGCUCACGGAGAGCGCCCUACGCGCUUUCGAGAGCUACCAGGCCUGUAAGGAUGCUGUGACAUCGAAACCAGUCAUCCAGUUUCAAGGCAGCCAAGGGCACAUCGCAAUUCCAAGGCCUGAUCGACCCACGGAAGUGCGGACUUUCACAUUUUAUCUUUCAAAUAUUGGCAAGGACAGCCCCCAAGGGAGUUUUGACUGUAUCCAGCAGUAUGUAUCUAGCAAUGGCAAUAUCCAUUUGGAUUGCCUGGGAAGCAUCCAGGAUAAAAUCACCGUGUGUGCGACGGACGAUUCCUACCAGAAGGCAAGGCAAAGCAUGGCACAGGCCGAGGAGGAGACUCGCAGCCGGAGCGCCAUUGUCAUUAAACCUGGGGGGAGAUACGUAGGCAAAAAGGUUCAGGUGCGUAAACCUGCACCGGGAGCUUCCGACGCCGUUCCCUCCAGGAAGCGCCCGACGCCGGUCAACCUUGCCAGUGCAAUAAAGAGAGGCAACAGUGCCAUUUCUCAGAGGCCCUUCAAAGAUAGGGUUGUGCACUUACUGGCACUAAAGCCUUACAAGAAACCUGAACUGAUUCUCAGAUUGCAAAAGGAUGGACUUUCUCAGCAGGACAAGGAUUUGCUGGACAACCUUCUGCAACAGGUGGCAAAUUUGAGUGCCAAGGACAGCACUUUCACACUGAAAGACUGUGUAUACAAAGAAGUGCAGAAGGACUGGCCUGGCUACUCUGAAGGAGAUCAGCAGUUGCUGAAGAGGAUACUCGUUCGGAAACUCUGUCAGCCGCAGAACAGCAGCGGUUUUCAAGGAGAAGCACCUUCCCUGAGUCCACCAAAAGACACCGUGAACUCCAGCUCUCCUCCUCAGAAACGAUCCCAACCUUUGGAGUUUAUCGAUCCCCUGGCCAACAAAAAGCCCAGGAUCUCACAUUUGGCUCAUCGAACUCAACCUACUUUCAACGGGAAAGUGAAUUCUUCCAACGGGAAGGACCUUCCCCCCCCUGCCCCUUCCCUGCCUCCGGCUCUGCCCGAGUCGGUGAGUUCCAGCUCCAACCUCCCGCUGCUGGAGCUGCCCAGGCCUCACGAUCCCCUCUCGGAUGUCAGCAACGACCUGACCCACAACGGCAGAGACUGUGACAACCCGGAGCCCACCGACAGACUGACUCAUCCUCUCCCCACAGACUGUCCCCAAACGAGCAAGCACAAUUGCAGCUCGUACGUCAAAAGCAAGAAAAAAUCCAAAAAGCACAAAGACAAGGAAAAGGAGAGGAAGGAGAAGAAGAGCGAAGAGAAGUGCAAAGAGGAGAAGCAGGACUGUGAAGUAAUAAAAAAUGCUGACUUAGGUAGUGUUCCCCAGGAACAGGUCACAGGUUUAAACGGAACAUGCAAUAAUUCUAGCGUACCAACAUCAACUUCAGAAAUGCCAGAUUAUUUAUUAAAAUACGCGGCCAUUUCCUCUUCGGAGCAGCGUCAGAGUUACAAAAACGACUUCAACGCGGAAUACAACGAGUACAGGGACUUGCACGCCCGGAUAGAGAGGAUAACGCGACGGUUUACGCAGUUAGACGCCAAGCUGAAGCAGCUUUUGCAGGGCUCUGAAGAAUAUAAGACCAUCCAUGAUCAAAUUUUACAGGAAUAUCGGAAAAUUAAAAAGACUAACCCCAAUUACAGCCAAGAGAAGAACCGCUGCGAAUACCUCCACAACAAACUGGCUCACAUUAAAAAACUGAUAGCAGAGUAUGACCAACAGCAGUUUUAGCUGGCGCUGAUCCGGACUGGGUAGGGCAAAAACAAAGAAACAAACAAAAAAAAAACAAAAACAAAAGUCACCUGGACGUUACGUUCCCUUUUAUACAACUUAAAGAUUCCUUUCAGAGACGAGCAUUAAUUCCUCCUGGUUGAAGAACUUGGGGAUUUCUUAACGAUGCCGAAUCUGUCGUGUCCGUGCCUGAGCCCAACGCCCGGCACGGUCCUCUUGAGUUUUAGCCUCUCUGAAUGUCAGGAUGUAAGAAAUGAGGAAAAAACGAAAAAAACCCAAAAAAAAUCCAAAAAAAAAAGAGAGAAAAAAAUAAGAAAAAAAAAUAUAUUCUGCUUAUUUGAAGCCAGCGUUUUGACACUUGAGGGAAAACUUGCCUAAAGUGAACGAAGCUCCCAAAGGUUAAGAAUCAGUAGUUUUUCCUGGAUUAAAAGUUUGGCAUGAAGUGUAAUUACCCCUGGCCCGGGUCUGCUGGGUUACAAAUUGUCCUUCAAAUGGUGAGGAACUGGAAUGCUGCUAGGUUACCUCCUUCUCUGGCACCUGCGACUGUUGGUAUGCAAGCUGUCUGCUCCCCAUGGCACCGCGUUAAAAUACACCUCGUACCCAGA